CGUCUUGCCCUUCGACUCUCUGCCUACUGUAUAGAAGCUGACCAGAAAACCCCCGAAUUUUGCAGAAAUUGCGACAAUCGUGGAAUAAGUACAAUCUUUACAACAUAGCCAAAGCUAGAGAUCCGAAGAUCGCCUCCAGUCUUGGGACCUUCUUCCAACAGAAAUGGAUCGCAAAGGGCUUGCUGCGUACUUAUCAUGGUGAACAUAUCGUCGAGCGAAAGUGGGAGCGUAUGUUCAAUAGGCGACUUCUGAGCGUUGUUAAUAUGGACACCAAAUAUAUGGCUAUGAAUGACGGUUCAGAAUUGGCGGCUGGACGAGGAUCAGGCAAAGAUCGAAUCCCCAGAUGGGAAGCCGAGAGUAUUAAGCCGCGUGCCCGUACCCCUUACAUGCAGAUGACGUUCGCUCCUAUGGAACGGCGGUUAGAUAUUGCCGUUUUCAGGGCUAUGUUUGCUAGUAGCGCUAGACAGGCUAGGCAAUUCUGUGUUCAUGGCGCCGUCAAGGUCAAUGGCAAAGUUGUUCCAUAUCCAGCGUAUCGUCUGAACCCGGGCGAUAUGUUCCAAGUUGACCCCGAGCGUGUCCUUUACGCAACCGGCCUAUCGAAACAACCACCCAAAAGCUCUAAACGACCAUCAUCUCUUGCCCAGGAAGAGGAGGGGAUUGAGGAGGCCACUGAAGAAGUGGCUGAAGCUGCCGCCGAAGAAGAAUCCCAAACUCAGGCCGUCAAAGCAGAACAAGACCCCGAUACGACGGAUACGCCUGAAGCUGCGCCAGUCGAUAUGAAGCCCACACGGAAGCAAAUACAAGACCUAACAGCGCAAGCGAAAGCAAUCCUCAGCGAAGAGCCAUUGGGCGUGGCGCAAAAGAAAGCCUUGAGAAAGUUCAUCCAAAGCUCUAAGCCGUUAUUAUCGCGCGCAGGCCGAGCCAACGCUUCGCCUACAGAAAUUACUGAUGAGCUCUCUACGCUCGUCGCCGAGCUAGAUCUUGGGGUUGGCAAAGAUGACAAGCCAUCCCCUGAAAAAGCCGCAUCCUUAGACCCAAUUAACAGUCUAAGCGACUCGGAGCUGAAACAGCUAGAACAGCGUAUGGAAGAGCAUAUGCGUGCAGAAAAGGAGAACCCCUAUGAUCCUUCCAAACCAUACGCGACCCCAUGGCGACCGCGGAACUACAUGGCGCCCUUCGCCUUCAUCCCCCAAUACCUCGAGGUAAACCAGAACAUCUGCUCUGCCGUGUAUUUACGGCAUCCCGUAGCACGAAAGGGCUCUGCUGAAGUUCCCACGCCAUAUCCUUUUGAAGUCAGCCAGCUUGCGUUCAACUGGUACCUCAGAAGACGGUAAAUAAAAUAACUUUUUACUUCCUUUUGAGAGCUACGAUGUCAUGAUAGAUCACGGCGGGUCGGAAUGAAAUAGAGAGAAGCAAUGGAUUGGGGCGACUAUCAUUAGAUCGGUCUCGUUUUACAACUCUCAAAUAACCUGUACACUACUACAUCCUGUACCAUUCCUUCCCAGGUUGCCUGGUUGAGUUAGGUGGCGGCAAAGUAAAAAAGGAUAAGAAGAGGACAUACUUCUCCUCUUUGCACAUACAUCUAUCUACAUACCAAUGUAGAGAAAAAGACAUGUAUAAUACGUAUCCACUAUAUCAUCCACCGCCGUAAGGGAAAUCAAUCUUAGAAUCGUAGUUUUCACAAAGCAGGAAUGCAUCUAUCCAGUACAGCUAAGCCUUCGGGAUUAAAUACCAGUCGACCGCCAUCAAUAAAAAAGCAGACUAGUUUCUCUUAGAACU